AUGGGAGGAUUGUCUAGUUGGAUACUAUAUCGGAAAGAGGCGCCUUAUCAAUUGACGCAAGACACCCUUAAGCACGUUUGGGGGGAGGAGUUAGUUGAGGUAAUUGCAGCUGAUAUGGGUUUCUACUACCUGCGUAUUCCAAAUGAGGAGUUCAGGAAGAAAAUUCUCGAAGGUGGGCUGAUUAUGGUAGCAAAAAUCCAGCUUAUUCUCCAUCAAUGGCAUCCCAAGAUGGAGCUCAAGAAGGAUUGUCAUAACUCUGUGCCUAUAUGGAUCCGUUUAAGAAAUGUUCCAGUUGUAUGUUGGUCUGCACCUGGUUUGAGCACUCUUGCUAGUGCUCUUGGUAAGCCGUUAUUUGUUGAUAGCAGAACAGAACAGAUGGCUAUGGUUGCCUUUGCUCGUAUUUGUGUGGAGAUUGAUGCUUCGAGCUCUUUUCCUGAAGUCAUUAAGUUCUCCCUUAAUGGUGAGAGUCGCUCUAUAGAUGUUCAUUAUGAAUGGGUGCCAACUAUCUGCCCCUCUUGUUGCACUUUUGGGCACAGAUGUGCUAUGCCUGGUGAACUUAAGUCGAAGUCUGGCUGUGCAGAUGCUAAUCCAACCUCGGUCCGUCCAGAAAACGAGUGGAGGGAAGUUCGGGGGAAGCGAAACAACAGACCCCUGAUUCAACCAGAGAACCCCCCUCCCUCACCUAGCACUAUGGUUCCCCCUCAGUCAGAAGGUCAAGAUUCAGGGAAAUCCUCUUCGGAUUCGUCAUCUUCAGAUGAAGAAGGGGUGGAUGAAACUACUUCGGGUAAGAGCGACUCGGACUCACCGCUUGUGGUAGCUUCAUCUAUUCUGGAGGAGACUAUUUCUCCCCCAUCUCUCCCAGAUCCUUUGAUAGAUGUUCCUGUUCGCCUGAAAGGACCUCUUCGAUAUGCAUCUGCUGAUGCGACUCAGGCUAUUCAUGGUGGGUUGCUUUGUCUUAAUAGCGGUAGCUCUUUCAAUCUUUUCGUUAUUUAUGCGGAACAUUCCUUCGUUUUGAGAAGACCCCUUUGGAAUGAGCUUAUGCGCCUUAGUCUAGUGCUCUCGAACUCGCCGUGGAUUAUCGCUGGAGACUUCAACGCGAUUCGGGAUGCAUCGGAUAGAGCCGAUUCUUCUAACUAUUGGAUCCCCUCGUUUAAUGACUUUGGAGAGUGUCUUGCUGAAGCUGGAUUGGAAGAUCUGAGAUAUGUGGGAAAUAGAUUCACGUGGGCAACAUCUUCAGGUUUGAAUCGCAGGCUUAGGAAAAUUGAUAGGGUUUUGAUCAACUCAGCUUGGAAUUCGAUGUUUUCGUUCUCGGAAGCAUCUUUUUUGGCCCAAGGGGUGUCGGAUCAUUGCCCAAUGGUUGUUAGAAUCAUGCCUGUUCCCAAUACCCGCAAGCCUUUCAAGUUCUUCAACUUUUGGAUGAGCCACCCCUCCUUCUUUGACAUGGUCUUGCAUACUUGGAAUUCUGAAUUUCCUGGUACGUCUAUGUAUUCCCUGUGCUGUAAGCUUCGUGCGCUCAAGUGCAGGCUUAAGCAUCUAAAUAGGAUGGCCUAUGCGGACAUAACUAUGAGAACUGAUGAAGCUAGAGCCCAGCUCUCUUUGGCCCAGGAAGCCAUUCAACUUGAUCCGUUUAACCGAGGCCCCCGGCGGAUACGAGAGAAGGAGAAGUUACAAAUAUUUUUUGACCUUCGCCUCCAAGAGGAAUCAUUUUAUAGGCAAAAGUCGAGAGUGAGGUGGCUUAAGGAAGGAGAUCUAAAUACAAAAUUUUUCCACCAAUCCGUCAAACAAUCCCACCUACGAAAUAGAAUUAUUUCAAUCCAUGAUGGAGAACGUUUGGUCUCUCACCCGCCUGAGGUGCAUCAGCUCUUUAUCUCUCAUUUCCAGGAUCUUUUGGCGGCCUCUCCUCCAUCCGCGGUGCCCUUGGUUGCCGAAAUCCAGGAGAAGUUGAUGCACACUCUCAAUGAUAUACAGAUCCAAGAGUUGUCUCACCCUGUUUCGGAUGAGGAAAUUCGGUCUACUCUGUUCUCCCUUGCUUCCGGUAAAUCCCCCGGCCCGAGAUGGCUUUAA